ACAAUAGGCUACCUGACAAUUUGAUAGAUCAUUUUUUAGAUUCAGAUAUACAUAGUUUGGGUGGCUACUGGCUAUAUAACUAACGAUAAACAGCUGUAAAACUGUAAUAUUUUGGGAUGAAGAUGUAACAUAUUCUGGCGACUUUAUUACAUUAUUUGUGAGAAAGAACAGGGUUUAACGGUUGGCACGUCGAACUUGCACUAUGCAGACAGGUUGCCCUCCAAAGUGAUGGCAUGGUGCAGAUAACAUGUUUUCCAUCCAGGCUAUACAUUUGGACAGCGAUUGUGCUCCUCACAAUUUUUUUUACGACUUGCUUUUGGUGGUCGCUGGUCUAAAUGUUUGAGUACAGGAUAGUGGCAACACAUGUUGGGUUAGAUAUAGUAAUGAUAGGCUACAGUAUUUCUUACACGCUUAUAUUUUGACUGUAAUUGUGUUGAUCAUUGUUAAAAAUAGUUUUGCUAAAUACUUUACUCAUCAGUUUGUGCUGCUUUCUCUUGUAAUAAUUUCUCAACAAGUCCGUGAUCGCGGGUAGGCGGAAUGUGGGUGCCCUUUUUAUAGAUCGAGCACAUUCUCCCCAAAAGGUCUGUGCAUGGCUCAAUGAACUAAUUAGACCAGAACCAUCUGCUAUAGCACUGUUGUCUAUGGAACCACCCCCUUAAGCAGACCAGAACUGUUCAUUGUUUUCAAUGGUAAACGGCCUGAGUAACCUCUCUUAAUUUAUCCACCAUCUUUGGUAGGGAGAGACCAAUGAAAAUGGCGGCGACAGGGUCCGUCAGAUCCACCAGUAGAUUGGGACACAAAUGCAAAGCCAGGCCCGCAGAUAUGCUGAAAACUCGGACACAUUCACAGCUGCUAACCUUGGAGGAGGCAAGGUGUCCGGUUUGUUCGGAAAUUUUAUUAGAGCCCGUAACUAUGCCAUGUAGCCACUCGGUGUGUCUGCACUGUUUCAAGCGGACAGUUGAAUUCACCAGUUUGUGCUGUCCCCUCUGCCGGCUGCGAGUAUCCAGCUGGGCCCGUAAACAGUCCCGGGAGAAAAGCCUAGUUAACAUCGAACUCUGGGAAAUGGUUCGACAGAGUUACCCACAACGAUGCAAGAUGAGAAUGGAGCAGAGAGACUGUGAGACUGGUGGAGAAGACAUUUUCCGCUCGCCUGCUCAGGUAUCCAAAUCUGGAGAGAUCCGACUGGAGUAUGGAAAGCAAAAAGUCCCAAUCAAUGAAGAGAAAGAAGAGGGGAGGAGGAAAGUCCACCACAGAGAGGGAUGUGGAACUCUCAAGCACUUUCAAGAUCCUUUCUAUGGGUUGCUGUCAGACUCGGAGAAUGAAGAACCCAUUGGGAAGAGAACCAGAAAUGUGUCUGCGUUUGUUAGAAGAACAAAGAUCUCAGCUGGUCUACAUACCAAUGUGGUGCAGAGAAGCCAGAGCUGUACUGAUCCAGUAGAGGGAAGGAGAAAAAUGAGGGUAUCUACUCAUCUUCCUGGACUGGACAAGGCAAGUAUUGCUCACAGCUACAAUGCAGGAAUCCUUCUGUCGUCUGAGAACAGCCGAUCUCUUUCGGCACCCAUCAUUGUCCAAGACAAGAGGCAUAGCUGGCGAGGCGUCAUCAUGGCAUCAUCAACACCUUUUAUGGUCCCCCAGUCGAAACAAGAGAGGUCCAUUAGCCCUGAGAGCAAUGACAGUAUUUCUGAGGAGCUGAAUCACUUCAAGCCAAUAGUGUGUUCGCCGUGCACCCCUCCAAAGCGACUACCUGACGGGCGAGUGAUGGAACCCACAAUUGUGAAGUCCACCCCCCGGAACUUAUUCCGCAGCCUGGAAAGGCCCACCAGCUAUGAAGCGAGCCCUACUAUCCUCCAGAAAUGGAAGCAGAUAGAGGUGGACCGUCAGUCUGUCAAAGUGACCUCGAAGGGUACCUUGACCAACCCCAUGAACGAGGACCUUGUCUUCAAACCAAGCCCCAUAGAGGAGAAGGACGGCAAGCCCUGUAGCUGCUCUCCAGCAGCAAAUAAGGGAAAAGAACACUUGGUUAUGUGUGCCAAGACUGAUUCCUCUGGGCAAGAGAAUGAAAGAACUUGUAUACAUAAUAAACGAAGACUGAUAUUUGAUCAGGCCAUUGGAGAGACAGCCUUCCAUCAAAAACAAUUCACAAAGUUUCAAACUCCAUUUGUAGCCUUAACCAGUGAGGAGACUGUAAAAGAAUGUGGGGUUUCUUUUGAGUCUGUGGUGGUACCUGAAUUACAUUGUGGACCAACUUCAAUUCAUCAAAAUCCAACCGUAGUACCACAUGAUAUAAAUGCCAGUGUUAGGAUUUGCAAACUUAAAUCAAAAGACUCACAGGAUCAGAGAAAAGAGUUUGACAUUAGAAACUGUGCCCAGAACCAACCUACCUCAAGGAGGGGCAAGAAGAGGAGCCAGAAGACCAAACACCUGGAAGAGACCGAGUCUGGACUCAAGAGGCCAAGAUCCCAGAGCCAAGAUGGUUGCAAUAUAGAGUGUGCGCAGGCUGAACUGUACAUUCAACAGGUUCAGCAAGAGAGAGAAGACAGAGAGCUAGCGUUGAAUCUUCAAAGACAGUUUGACAGGGAACAGCAACAAGAAGACAAGCAAAAGACCAGUCCUGACAAGUACUUUCUCCGGUCCUGCAUGUCCAGUGAAAACAGAAUCAAAUGCAAUCCACGCAGAUCAGGAAGAAUUUCCAAAAAGAAUGAGCACUUUAAUUGCUAUUAUUAAAUGGUUAUUCUUGUUUUUUUAAAUUUAUAUUUCAAUCAGACAACUUCUUGCAUACAAGAACUAUACUGCUUUUGUUGCCCAGGUUCCAAAUCCAUUGCUUUUAAACAGAAACUAAACCCAAGCUAGCCUAUGCCAUAAAUUGUUCAUCUUCAUUUUGUUGUAUUCCUGUUAGAUGUAGUUUCUGUGAACAUGGUUUUGCUGAAACGUUAGGUACUAUCGUUAUUUAUUUUCUUCUCGUUUGCAGUUACUCAUAGAAUUGUAAAAUAGACACAAAAUCAUCGUGCAGUUAAUGCACUGUGAGAAAAAGCACAAAUGAUUCACAGUAUGAGUUUGUGUUGAGAUUCUGUGCAGACACUUCAAAAUCUAUGUUCAGGCUCAUGUAUGAUUCUGAUUCUAGCUCAGCCAAGGAUCUGGACACAAGAUAUAGCACUAUUACUUUGUCAGACCCUCUAUUCAGAUUUCCUGUUCUGUUCAGAUUCUGUUUCCCAUGGGGCAAAUCACCAGUAAUUCCUAUCAUCAAAUUGAACUCAGACCUCAGAAGCUGAUCCAGUGUUAGUGUUGUGAACAUUUGAAUAGUUAAAGGUGAUCCCAGAGCUGCACUGCCAUCCUAUUGAUUAUUUCAUGAUCUUACAAGUCAUAUGGAUUGGGUUCUGUCAAUGUUAGACAGGUUUUGCCAGAGUAAAUGGUUAUAAUUAAACCCCAUCAAUAAGAUUUAACGAUGUGAAAAUCUGCACAGAACACCUACAAUGCAGGCAGCCUGAAACGUGUGGGUGUUGAGGUCUUCAGCCACUCACUCUAAAAUCUUCAGUUACAACGCAGCUUCUGGUCACGUCAUAUUGUUGAGUUAAAGGAUCAGUGUUGCCAGGUUAAAUAUAUGCAAUAUGUGUAAACUCUUUGCUGUAAACUAUUACAGUAAUAUUGGAAAGGGGCACAAUAUUAACAUGCUUUUUGGAUGGUGAUUUUCUGAUCAAAUUCAAUUCCAGUAUGUAUUUUCUGUCAAUCUUAUGCCCACACUUCUACCUCUACACUCACUGUUGCGUUGUUGCUUUUUUCAAUGAUUUAUGCCCCCUUUUUCACAACCACAAACCAAAAUGUCUCUAUGCAUGUGUAUGGCACUGCUUUAUAAAAUUUUAGCACUGCCUAAGCUUUAUAGUUUUGAUGUAUAUUAAUCAUGGGUUGACUGCUAUAGUAUGGUAUUAAUUAGGAUAAUUGUUUUAUGCAAUAUGUCUAUUGGAGAUUCCACAUUAAUAUAUUUAAUCAGCAUUGUUAUUUUUCUCAUCUUUGAGUUGUAGUUACUAUAUUGUUUGAGACGCUUAUUCAAAGGGCUAUUAUAUUUUAUUUGAUAAAUGUCUUUCAUAUUUUAUUUGAUUUCUUGUUUUCCUAAAUUUAUAUUUUUCCAAUGGCAUAUGCCAAAAAUAUGAGCUUUAAUGUCCAUUACUACUUAACAUUUUUAAAGAAUAAGAUAUUUCAAUUUUAUUUUGCACAUAAUUAUGUACACAAAUACUUGUAUACUUACCUUUGUACAUACAGUAUAAAUACUCAGAUGCAUAUUUUAGUAUUGGAGGGGAGAAAUGGGUUAGUGCCAAAUGGCUGAUUUCUGUCGACUGUGUCAUACAUCUGAAGUUUUUUGUUUACUUUCCUGAUUUUAAAGAUUAGGUUAUUGAUUCUUUAUAGUAAUCAGAAUGUACCACUUGUAUAGCCUACAUGAUUCAUUGACAGAACUGUACUUUGAAGGAAACAACUUGUUCUGAUCAUGUACAUCCAAAUUCUGAAGGAACUGUGAAACACAAUAACACAUUCAAAUGCAAAUUAGAGGUGAAUUACUUUUUCUUUUUCAUUCAAGUGCUUGUCUUGUUUUAUCUUUCACUUUAAGUAUGUAAAGAAGUUGGCAUUUGUUAUUCUGUAUCUGUUUUUUUCCGGUAUCUGGUAUUGAAACGUUUGAAUGCUGAAUGGCUUUCCAAGACAUUGAUUUGACCACUCAACACAAUGACAGCAAAGACUUGUAAUCUCCCUCACAUAAUAUUAAAAUCAUUGGUUUGCAGUUAUAUUUCAACUCAUUGGAGGUCAUACAUGAAACAAAAAAAAUGCUUUAAAUAAACAUCAGUUACUAUCGCUUCAAAUAA